AAGCGUGAAUCUGGGAGAUGUACUGUCUGGGAUAAAGAAAUCAAUGAAAUUCAAGUCAACUUCACAAGUUCAACAGACACGACUGCGUCUACCGAUUGCUGACGGUCUGUUCUUUUACCGCUUCGUUGUAACUGAGUGAUUUUUUUUAUGUUGGCUUUAUAUUAAAUUUUAUUGCUAAUGUUCUUCAUGGUUGUUCACAUGACGUGGCCCAGGCAUACCCUGGCCGCAUUAAUGACGAAAGCGCCGAGGCCUCCAAACGUCCAAGGUAGUCGUGUUGCGGGGCCCAUGUGGAUUUCUUGAGGCAAAGAGAAAAUCUUGAAGAAAACAUCGUAAUACUACUAGGCAGAUAUGGGAGGAAACAUUGUCUCGACAUCCUACAAGACAGGGAACACCACAGACCUGGAGGUGGCAAAGCCCGAGGACUAUUCCACCUUCCAGGAUGAGAAGAGCCAAUACGCAAGCCCCAAUAGCACUACAAUGAAUAGUACACCGGAUACGAGCAUUCCCUUAGAAGGGGGUGGAGAUGAUACCUUGGCCGACGGUGAGGAGGAGGAAAGUGCACCGUGGCACGGCUUGCCGAUGGGUGUAGACGAGCACGGUAGCUUUGCCGUCAUCAACACCGACGUCCCGAUGAACCACGUUCAGAUGAGCUAUCCUGAAGACAGGGAGCCCCAGUGUUGCUUGGGGUUGAGGGACCGAUGCAAGAUGGCCUGUCGGCCGUGUCUGGCCAAACACAAUCAGCUUCCCCCGGACCCGUCCCACCGUGCCCGGCUCAAGUUUGCCGUCCUGUGCCCGCCUCACGGCCUCGUGGCCAAGGUCGUCCUGAAUGUCACAAUCGUGGUGCUGCUGUGGGCGGUACUGUGGUCCAUCACCGGGGCUGAGGCCUUGCCCGGUGGGAACCUUUUUGCCAUCUAUGUUCUUGUGGUCGUGGCAGCUCUUGGAGGAAAACUCAUUGAGUUAGUUCACUUGCCGGCCUUGCUAGGCAUGCUGCUGGUGGGUUUCAUGUUCAAGAACGUGCCAGGCAUCCAGAUUGCGGACGACAUCCACCCCGGCUGGGCCUCGGCACUCCGCAACAUCGCCCUGGUGGUGAUCCUGGUCAAGGCGGGGCUGGGCAUUGACGCGGCGGCCCUGCGCAGGCUCAGCGUGGUGUGUGCCCGUCUGGCCACCGUGCCGUGCGUGUCAGAGGCUGUUACCGUUGCCUUGGUGUCACGCGGUCUGCUGGGCUUCGGCUGGGAUUGGGCCUUCAUGCUCGGUUUUGUUAUAGCAGCGGUUUCACCAGCCGUCGUGGUACCGUCGGUUCUGGAGUUACAGGAGAAAGGUUACGGCAUCCGCAGGGGGGUGCCAACGCUGAUUGUUGCCUCAGCGAGCUGUGAAAACGUCUUUGCAAUCGCAGCAUUCGGCGUCGCUCUGGGUAUCGCUUUUUCAUCGGACAACACUGGUGUCAGUGACCAACAAAUGAACACAAGCUACAGCAACAUCACAGAACAACCCUUUUUGAGUACGUCGGAUAGCUCCAGUGAUGAUGUUGGCGACUUGGUGUUCGAUAUAUUUAGAGCUCCGAUUGAGUUGCUGAUGGGCGUGGCUUUUGGUUGUGUGGGCGGUAUUUUCCUAUGGUACAUCCCAAACAAAAACCAGAAAUCUCUGACGUGGAAGCGUGCUCUGCUCGUCUGCGGCGGAGGACUGUUCUCCGUGUUUGGAUUUGCUCAAGCUGGCUUCACCGGCGCGGGGGCCAUGGGAUGUCUCAUUCUGCCUUUUGUAGCUGCUCAGGGGUGGGGCAGAGCCAAGGAGCCCGUCAAUAAGAUCGUGGGCAUCAUCUGGACCCUCUUUGAGCCGAUCCUGUUUGGCAUUAUAGGCGCUGCCGUGUCAGUCGAAUACUUGGAUGGGAACACAGUGGGUUUUGGCAUAGCCAUAAUGGUGAUAGGUCUCAUUGUGCGGACAAUAGUCACUUACCUGAUGGUGUGCAAAGCAGGGUUGGAUUUGAAAUCUAAGGUGUUUGCUGCCCUCGCUUGGCUACCAAAGGCAACAGUGCAGGCUGCCAUUGGUCCACUGGCAUUGGAGGUUGCAAAAGACAAGAAUGCCGGGCCAAUAGCAGAGCAGAAUGGAAUCAAAGUUCUGACCCUUGCGGUGCUCUCCAUCAUUCUGACUGCUCCAAUCGGCGCCAUCCUGAUUGCGCUCGGAGGACCCAGGCUCCUGGAGAAAUCACUGACAAGGGACGACAUCAGGGGGCAACGGAUCCCCAAGGUCAAGGUCCUCGCUCCCGAAGGGGAGGAGUCCAGAGGGAUUCAGGAAGGGGAGGCCAAGGAGGAGCCUCGAGACGGACCAGCCGAAACGUCGUCCAUGCUGUAAGCACGGGGACAGGUAAUCUAGGCAGUAUUCUUCACUCGGGAGAAAUCGGCCCAAGGUUAUCACUGACCUUAAAGAUAACGUGGAUAUAGCGUGAAUACCACAACGGUCUCCAUGUACAAAAUUGAAUACAGCCUCAAUCCUCCAUGACCCUCCAUUAUUUUGGAAUGUGUUCCUCGGAGGGGUAACCACUGCCUCUGUCUUUCAAAAAUCCUCUGGCCAUUCUUUUCAGUUUAUUCAAGGGACGCAAGUGCUCUCCUGGAGUGGCAAGGUCGAUUUCCAGGAUAAUCUUGACCUAACUUUACACAUGGCUGUGCAUAAAAAUCCACAAGAUCCGGCGCCAGAUCUCGACACAGUGCAUCCUUCCAAAUCAACCGCAUGCUUUUGCCGUGCAGCCUCAUUAUUCCCCAAAUCCGCGGUAAACCCCUCGCGAGAUUUGGGACAGGUUAGGAUUAAACUGAACAGCUCCCAAUUUGGACAGCUCGUUAGAUUCAACAGAUGUGCCGAGUCAUGCUGCUUUCAUGUGUGGCUCUUAUACGAGGAUGUUGUUUCAAACAGCCUUGCGGAUCGUCGAAAAAGAAAAUCUUUCUGGGGAUUGCAGUUUCCUUCCUCGAGCUCCAGAGCAUGAAGAUAUCUUUGCAGUUAAGACGGUGCCCAGUUUAGAAUUUCUAACCAAAACUGAACGUUGAAACCAGGGUUGCAUCACAGCCUGUUAUUUGGAUGAGCGGGGAACCAUUCAAGAGGGGCGUGGCCCCAGGGGUAUAUGUCUAGUCUUGCCCUUCCUGAUCGGAUUUGCAGAAGAAUAUGCUCCCAACAUGAAAUCCCCUAUCCAUUCCUGUGACGUUAGAGCGACCGAGAUCUCAGAACUUUUGCCAGAACCUUAACCGAGACAGGGUUCAUCGGAGAAAUUUUUGAUAUAUAUGUGAGAUCAGACGGACACAAAUGUUGAGACACCUGCUUUAAUAGUUUCUUGGUUUUCACUCCUUUUUGGGUAUUUUGGUCGAGUUUCAUGAAAACGUAAGAUGUGGA